UGUCGCCGAACAGUAUCGAUCUUCUUCGUCUCUCUUUUCUGACUUGUCAUAGCCAGCGCCGCGGCAAACCCCAUCCCAUCCCUUCCCUUCCCUUCCCAUCCUCCUAUCCUGGCCCAUUCCGAAACGGCAUCCGACUGACUACUGAUCACUCUGUGAAAAAAAGUAGCCUGGUCUCUCCAAAUCUCUGCUGCUUGUCCUUACUAUACCAUCUCAUGCACCUGCUCCAACUGUAACUCUUCCCAGUCCCUCCUUCCCAUACCAACACAAACCACCAACAACACACUCUCCCCUCUUUCCUCCUCUGCUUCUUCCAGAUUUCUGGUUAUGUUGUCCACACUGCGACUUGGACGAGCAGCUUCUUCUCUCCUCACAACCACCCGUGCCUCAAACUCGUCAACUCCCAUCAAGGCUUUCACCAUGGCCCCCGCCAAUAAACGAAAACAGUCUACCAAGCCCCAAUUUUGGGUGACUGAGGAAUACAGAGAAGACAAAUCCAAGGGCAACAUGCUUCGCUUUGAGGAUUCUCUCCCCCGUCUGCCCGUCCCUACUCUCCAAGAGACCUCCGCACGUUAUUUGAAAAGCAUUCAUCCCCUCCUCUCCAAGGAUGAGUUUGCCGCUUCCGAAAAAGCUGUCGCCGAGUUCAACAAAGCCGGCGGCCUGGGCGAGAAGCUCCAGGAGCGUCUGAUUGCAAAGGCACAAGACCCCAAAAUCAAGAAUUGGAUCAUUGACUGGUGGAACCACGACGCUUAUCUGGGCUAUCGUGACCCCGUUGUCCCAUAUGUCUCCUACUUCUACUCCUUCCGGGACGAUCGACGCCGGAGAAAUCCCGCCAAACGUGCCGCGGCAAUCACCACCGCAGCUCUCGAGUUCAAGCGCCAGGUUGACACCGGUGAUUUGGAGCCUGAAUACAUGCGCAAGAAGCCCAUGGCCAUGAGCAGCUAUGAAUACAUGUUCAACACCUCGAGAGUCGCCGCUUUGCCCGCCGAUUACCCCAUUCAAUACCCCGCCGAGGGCAACGAGCACAUCAUCGUCAUUCGAAACAACCAAUUCUGGAAAGUCCCGACCCACGUCGGCGGUCAGCAGCUAACCACGGCCGAGUUCGAACUGCAAUUCAACAGAGUCUACCGAAAUGCCCAGCAGACCACCCCCUUCGGUGCUCUCACUUCCCUGCCCCGUGAUCAAGGCGCAAAGGCUCGCGAAAAUCUCCUAGCUGCGUCCCCUCUCAACGAGGCCACACUCAAAGACAUCGAGGCCUCAUCAUUCGUCGUCGCCUUGGAUUCGUCGGCUCCCGUUACCUUGGAAGAGCGAGCACACGUCUACUGGCACGGUGACGGCGCAAACCGCUGGUACGACAAGCCUCUGCAAUUCAUCGUGAACGACAACGGCACCGCAGGUUUCAUGGGUGAGCACAGCAUGAUGGACGGUACCCCAACUCACCGAAUCUGUGACACUGUCAAUGCCUAUAUUGUUCACAACAAACUCGACUUUGACAACCCUUCUGUUCGUUCCGACCUUGCCGAUCCCGUCGCCCUUCGCUUCGAGACCUCUCCCGCCGUCCUCGAGGACAUCUCUGCCGCACAAGCACAAUUCCGACAGGUCAUCGCAUCCCACGACCUCCGCGUCCAGGCAUACCAGGCCUACGGCAAAGGUCUGAUCAAGAAGUUCAAGUGCUCGCCAGAUGCGUAUGUUCAAAUGAUCAUCCAAUUGGCCUAUCACAAAUUCUACGGCAAGAACCGCCCAACUUAUGAAUCUGCUGCCACCAGAAAAUACCAGUUGGGCCGAACAGAAACCACCAGAACUGUCUCCGACGAGUCAGUGGCAUUCUGCGAUGCCAUGGCUGACUCCUCCGCCCCCCGAGAAGAGGUUGAGCGCAAAUUCCGUGAGGCUGUCAAGGCUCAUGUGCAAUACACCGCCGAUGCCAGCGACGGCUACGGUGUGGACCGCCAUCUUUAUGGCUUGAAGAAACUCGUCCAGGAAGGCGAGGAACUCCCGGCUCUUUUCAAGGACCCUGCAUAUUCAUAUUCUUCCAGCUGGUACAUUUCAUCCAGUCAAUUGAGUUCCGAAUACUUCAACGGAUACGGUUGGUCCCAGGUCAUUGAUCAGGGCUGGGGUAUUGCAUACAUGAUCAAUGAGAACAGCUUACAAUUCAACGUCGUUUCCAAGCAUCUUGGUUGCGAGCGCAUGAGUUUCUACCUCAACGAAGCUGCCAACGAUAUCCGAGACCUGCUCACCCCCUCUCUCGAGCCUCCAAAGGCCAAGUUGUAGUUGUGCUACCAUGUCACGCAAUGAUUUGAAUGGUUCAAUUCGCUGGACAGGGCUGGAGCCAAGUCUGUGGGGGACCGUUACAAGUUGAAGAUGCAUGUGCACGAUGAUUCGGACCUCGCGCAAUUGAGCAUAGAGACAGAUUUGCGGGGUUUGAUCAUGGGAAAUUUGCGGGAUUCAUGUUGACUGGGUACAUAUAGACAGACUAUGUUGGCGGUGUGUAGGAUUCGUGUGCGGUGCCAGCAAUCAGACAAGAAAUGUAAAGAUACCAAAUAGUCCAAGUCAUGUUGGGCGUCCUCGCAAAAUCCGCUG